CGAGCCUAAGUCGGUUCUCUGUUGCCAUUUUAGAGAGGAAACAGGCCCCGGGGGUUUCACUUCCCCGAGGUCACUGCACUCCAGUGCCAGGCCCGCACGGGAGCCAGGUGCACGCGGGUGCGCAGCCCGGGCGUUUUCCCGGGUCCGCGCUGCGCCGCGUCCAUUCAAACGCUGCGCAGCCUCUUCCAGUCGCUUCCAGGCUACUCCGCGCGCCCAUCGCCCCCCACACUCAGGGUCCCGCCCCGCGGCGGCUUUUCCCUUUUUUUGGUUAGAAACCCAGCCGGGAGUCCGGGGCUGGGGUCCCGGACGCUCAGAGGCGGCGGGGAGAGUCGCGGCGGGAGGAGUCGUCGCAGUGGACCACCUAGCAGGUUUCGCGCCGCGCCUGUGCGCAUGCGCCGGCCCCGCGGGCUCUGAGGCUGCCGCGCUGCCGCUGGAACCGAGCCCCGAGCCCCGAGCCCCGAGCCCCAGCGCCCCAGCGCCGGGCACCCAGAGCGCUGCCGCUCGCCGCGUCUCGCGUCGGCGCCGCGAUCCGCGCGCAGAACGGUAUUUGGAAUUCAUCUUUAUAUACAAUGUCAUCGUCAAAUGAAGGUCCCGUUGGAUAUACCCCCCCAGAUGGAGGCUGGGGGUGGGCAGUGGUUGUUGGUGCUUUCAUUUCUAUCGGCUUCUCUUGUGCAUUUGGCAAAGCUAUUUCUGUAUUUUACAAAGAAAUUGAAGGUAUAUUUGAUGCCAGCACCAGUGAAGUGUCGUGGAUAUCCUCCAUCAUGUUUGCUGUCAUGUAUGGGGGCGGUCCCAUCAGCAGUGUCCUGGUGAAUAAAUAUGGCAGUCGUCCCAUCAUGAUUGCUGGUGGCUGCUUGUCUGGCUGUGGCUUGAUGGCAGCUUCUUUCUCUAACACCGUACAGGAACUUUACUUAUGUAUUGGAGUUAUUGGAGGUCUUGGACUUGCUUUCAACUUGAAUCCGGCUCUGACCAUGAUUAGCAAGUAUUUCUAUAAGAAGCGACCAUUGGCCAAUGGACUGGCUAUGGCAGGCAGCCCUGUGCUCCUUGCAGUCCUGGCCCCCCUCAAUCAGACUCUCUUUGAUGUCUUUGGUUGUAAAGGAAGCUUCCUGAUUCUUGGAGGCCUCCUACUAAACUGCUGUGUAGCUGGAGCCCUGAUGCGACCUCUAGGACCCGAACCAACACAGGCAGAGAAAGUUAAGGGUAAAGAUUCCCUUCAGGAAAUUGGAAAAUCUAAUGCAAAAAAAGUUGCAGAUGAUGCAGGAAAAUUUAAUGAUGGGAAUGAUAAAGAGAAGAAAAGAUCAGUCUUCCAAAUAGUUAACCAGUUCCUGGACUUGUCCCUGUUUACCCACAGAGGCUUCAUUCUGUACCUUUCUGGAAAUGUGAUAAUGGCCUUUGGACUGGCUGCACCUUUAGUCUUUCUUAGUAGUUAUGCCAAGAGUCAACAUUACGCUAGUGAGAAGGCUGCCUUCCUACUCUCCAUAUUGUCUUUUGUCGAUAUUAUAGCCAGACCUUCCAUGGGACUGGUAGCCAACACAAAGUGGAUAAGACCUCGAAUCCAGUAUUUCUUUGCUGCUUCUCUUUUUGCAAAUGGAGUGUGUCAUAUGGUACUGCCUUUUUCUACCAGCUACAUUGGGUUCUGUGUGUAUGCGGGAUUCUUAGGAUUUGCCUUUGGGUGGCUCAGCUCCUUAUUGUUUGAAACUUUGAUGGACCUUGUUGGACCGCAGAGGUUCUCCAGUGCCAUGGGAUUGGUGACCAUUGUGGAAUGCUGUCCUGUCCUCCUGGGGCCACCACUGUUAGGUCGUCUCAAUGACAUAUAUGGAGACUACAAAUAUACAUACUGGUCAUGUGGUGCAAUCCUAAUUAUUGCCGGUGUUUUUCUCUUCAUUGGUAUGGGCAUCAAUUAUCGACUUGUGGCAAAAGAAGAGAAAGCAGAAGAGAAGCAAAAAAAGGAAGAUAAAGAGGAGGAGCCCAGAGAAGUUACUACAUAGAACAGAAAGGCCCUGAAGGGAAGCAUCCAGUCUGAAAGCACGGAUAGUCAGAGGUGCUUUUUACCAAAGAUACUGGAGAACAUUCUACUGAACCAUGUUCACCUAGCAAUGGUGAAUGUGGACAACAGACAGCUUUGUGAAAAUUGCCAGGUGUUUAUUGAUAAAACUUUAUCUCAUCCUUCACAGCAGCCCAAAAUAAACAUCACAUCCUUUAGAAUCUAGGGAUUUGUAAAAGAUAAAGGAAGGAAAUUGCUUUUAUUUGAAGUCAGAUUGAUUAAGGUAUACUUUGCAUAUGAUUUAACACCCCCACCAUUUUUAGGGGUGCUGGGAAUUGAAUCCAGGGCCUUGCAUAUGGUAGGCAAGCACCAUUCAUCCCCAGCCCUACAGUUCAAUUUUUUUAAGGAUGAAGUUUGAUGAAUUUUGUCAAAGAUGUUUAUUCAACUAAGUAUGACCCUAGUAUAGAACAUUUCAAAGACCCCAAAUAGUUCCCUCCUGUCUUUUGCUGUCUACCCCUCCCUCUACCCAUAACCCCUGGCAGCUAUUGACCUGAUUUCUGCCCCCUAAGUUUUGCCUUUUCCCAAAUGGAAUUAAUGGAAUCACAUCAUAGGUAGCUGUGGCAUAACAGAAAAUAAAUGUUUGGUCUUUGUCUCCAGUUCCUGGCACACAGCUCCUAAAACCCUUGAUAUACCUGGAGUGGUAAGAGUGUCUUUUGCAUCUAUUGACAGGAUUUGUAACUGGGGACCUCUGGAAAUCUUCAGGAUGGGGGCUGGUCCUCAGAAAGACCAAGGAGUGAUGAGAGGGUUGGAUUUUCAACUCCUUCACAAAAACCCCUAAACAGUCCCAGCUAGGGGAACACACUGAGGUGCCAAGAAGGUAGCACACCUGGAGAGUUUCCCCAUACUUUGUCCCAUGCACCUCUUCCUUCUGACUCUUCCUGAGUUAUAUUCUUUAUAAUAAACUAAUAAACAAAAGGAAAGGGUUUCUCUGAGUCCUGUGAACUGUUUCAGAAAAUUAUCAAGCUUGAAGAGGGGGUCACAGAAACCCCCAAAUUAUUACCAGUUGAUCAACUACAGGUACAGCCUGAGACUUGCAAAUAGUAUCUUAAGUGAGGGAGUCUCAUGGGACUGAGCCUUUAAACCUGUGGAGUCUGACACUAACUCCUGUCAUUAGAAUUGUGACCCACAGUUGAUGUCGGCAGAGUUGCAGCAGUGACUGUCACUAUGGAACAAACUUAAAACAUGGUGUCAGAAGUGACUAAAAAUUCAGAGUAACCUACUGUGUCUUUCCAUAGCAUCAGGAUGUAUGAUUCAUCUUUGUGGUUCCAUGUAUCAGCAGUGCAUUCUUUUUAUUGCUGAGUAGUGUUCAUUUGUAUGGAUAUACCAUGAUUUGUAAAUCUAUUCACCAGUUUAUGAACAUUUGAGUUAUUUCUACUUUCUGUCCAUUGUGAUUAAAGCUGCUGUAAACAUUUAAGA